CUUGAUAUAAAUGCCAAGAAGCAAGUGAGAAAACAAAGACUCCAAAGUCAUCACUUGUCUCCUCUUCCUUUCUUCUCGGCAACAACCACAACACACCAAAGAAGAAGAAGUGACAUCAAGACACAUCAUGUCUCCCCCUCUCCAAUGCUUUACAAUAUCCAUAGUCCUGUUUCUGAGCUUCUCCAGUGUUCUGUCUCACUCCGACCGGAUCACGCGUCUACCCGGUCAACCCCGGGUCGGAUUCCAGCAGUACUCUGGUUAUGUCACCGUCGACGAAAAGAAACAGAGGGCUCUGUUUUACUACUUGGCCGAAGCUGAAACCGAUCCCAUUAAUAAGCCUCUGGUUCUCUGGCUCAAUGGAGGACCUGGAUGUUCAUCUUUGGGUGUUGGUGCAUUCUCAGAGAACGGACCAUUUAGACCAAAAGGACCUGUUUUGGUCAAGAAUCAACAUAGCUGGAACCAAGAGGCAAAUAUGUUGUAUCUAGAGACACCUGUUGGAGUUGGAUUCUCAUAUUCAACUCAGUAUGAGAGUGUGAAUGAUAAAAUCACUGCAAGAGACAACCUUGUGUUCUUGCAAAGAUGGUUCCUCAAGUUCCCUCACUAUCUCAAUCGAAGUCUCUUCAUCACUGGCGAAAGUUAUGCGGGCCAUUAUGUUCCCCAACUAGCUGAGCUUAUGAUUCAGUACAACCAGAAGCACCAUCUGUUCAAUCUCAGAGGAAUUGCUAUUGGCAAUCCGGUUCUGGAGUUUUCAACUGACUUCAAUUCCCGGGCUGAGUACUUCUGGUCUCACGGCUUGAUCUCGGACUCAACUUACAAAAUGUUCACUUCUUACUGUAAUUACUCACGCUAUGUGAGUGAGUACUAUAGAGGGUCAAUGUCUAGUAUCUGCUCUAAAGUGAUGAGUCAAGUUAGCACUGAGACUAGCCGUUUUGUCGACAAGUAUGAUGUCACUCUCGACGUCUGCAUUCCCUCUGUGCUAUCUCAAUCCAAAGUCGUAAGCCCUAACCAAGUGGGAGAAUCUGUGGAUGUAUGUGUGGAAGAUGAGACGGUGAAGUAUCUAAACCGAAGAGAUGUGCAGGAAGCUCUUCAUGCUAGACUCGUAGGAGUACGCGAAUGGACAGUUUGCAGCAAUGUUCUUGAUUACCAAUUGCUUGAUGUGGAAAUACCGACCAUUAACAUCGUAGGGAGCCUUGUUCAAGCUGGAGUUCCUGUUCUUGUGUACAGUGGAGAUCAAGAUUCAGUGAUCCCGUUGACAGGAAGUAGAACCUUAGUGAACAGAUUGGCCAAACGAUUGGGACUGAGAACAAGUGUGCCUUAUCGAGUCUGGUUUGCAGGACAACAGGUUGGUGGCUGGACUCAAGUCUAUGGAAAUGUCUUGUCAUUUGCAACUGUGCGAGGAGCUUCACAUGAGGUCCCAUUCUCACAGCCUCAUAGAUCACUAGUGCUUUUCAAAGCGUUCUUGGACGGUCAUCCUCUUCCUGAAGAGUUCUGAUACUAACCGUGAUCGCUUUUGUAAAGAUUUUGGCAAAUGGUUUAACCUAAGAAUAUGGUUUAUUUAAUCGGCGAAAAAAAGCCAAGAAAAAAAAAGCGGAAAGAUUUGUUUUAUUUUUGUUGUUGUAAAAGAUGUGAACCUUGUGGUAGGAAGGAAGUGUAUGUUCUUGGAAGUUGAGUGUUGUGUUAAACUACGACAGGAGCUUCUACUUGCAUUGUUAAGUCUUUAAAUUCAAGGGCUAUGAUUGGUUUUGAUAGCA